GAGUUGUCGGAGAAGAGCUUAGAGGAGGACUUGGGUCCACACGUGAAGGGUACGUGUGAGACACUGCCCUCCAGGAUAAAGGUGACCAAAGAGGAGCACGACCAGUUGGGUAAUGUGAUCCGGGUAUGUGAGGGCAAUAUUGUGGUGAACAAGUGCGAGGGCACGUGUCUCUCGCACUUGAAGCCCAGUAUCACCACAGCUACCGGUUUCCUCAAGGAAUGCCUUUGUUGUCGAGAGAGUCAUAUGAAGCCAAAAGAAGUUCAUUUGACGGACUGUUUUGAUUUGGACGGCAAGAAACUGUCCGAUACUAUGACGGUGUCGAUGACGGAGCCCACGGACUGUAGUUGUCAUAAAUGUGGUCAAUAA